AGUUUCAAGAUUUAAUGGGAAUGGAAACUCAUUUUGACCCAAAGCAAAGAUUAUUUAUCCAGGAAAUGACCGGUGACGUAGAAUCAUGUCCUAGCGGUAAAUCUGAUCCUGGUGUGCCUGGCAGACAAGACUGUCUAAAACGCAGCUCCUAUCUCGUGAUAUUGGGUGAAAAGGAUUUUUCUAUAUGCAAGGAGCCAGUAAAGAUAUCCAAAAUAGCCGGGAGCGAGAGGUCACGAUCAUGGCUAAAAGCAAGCGGUAACCUAUUUGGACUCGUUUACGCUUGGCCAUCCACGGCACCAUACCUGCCUAAGGUCGGCACACUUAAAUUCGCUUUAGUAUUGCCCGGAGCGGCUUCUGAAGAUAGAAGACGUAAGUGGGGGCUAAGACUGGGACCUUGGGAUCACCCACCAAAGCUAAACAUGAAUGCGUUCAUAACCUGGAUCCUAGUAAAUAUUCCAAAAAUAAGCCCUCAUAUCAUUGAAAGG